UUUACUGAUAUUGAUAUUUGUUUUGUUUUUUUGCUUUUUUGUCAUUUACUUAGCUUCGCAAAAUGAAGCUCUGUGAAUUCUUAUGGAUCUUUGGAUCCUUUUGUUUAAUUUUAUUACAAUUAUAUUCAUGUCAAAGUUAUUUUACUGAAAAACAAAAGCAGAUAAUUAUUCAACAACAUAAACAACGUCUUGCACAAGAAGCAAUGAAAAUGUUUGAAAAUCAAUUUCAAAUGGAUCCAAUCAAUACGAACAAUAAACAACAAUCGGCUGCAAUGUUCAAUCAGAUGAUCAAUUAUAAAGGCUUGUAUGAAAAUUUAGAUAUAAGAAAUGUAUCGUUGCGAUUGAUUUCAGAUAAAUUUAUCAACGAAAAUCAACCAUUGAUCGGUUUAGAUUAUAAACGUCAUCAUAAUCAUCAUUAUUUGGUGUAUUUUUUCAAUCAUAGUUUCAUUGUAACAACAUUUCAUCUUGAUCAUUUCCAAAAUUUAGUUUAUGAUAAAGAUUCUUCAAUGAAUAACCGGGUUAAAGUGUCAGGACAAUUGAUACAGAUGAAAUUCUAUCGUCAAUAUGAUAGUGAUCAACUCUUUUUAGCUGCUUUGAUUUUUAAUGGUCUUUAUGAAAUACGUUUAUAUGAAGUUCAAGAUGGUGCUCGAAUAAUCGAUAAAGAAUUAUUGCAUACAUUUAAAAUUCAUGAACGUGUUGUUGCUAUCGAUAUUGUUCAUUUUGAUCGAAAUAAAUAUCGUAUUGUUACAUUGAUUGAUUCUGGUUGGAAACAAUUGGAUGAAUUUCAAUUAGAAAUUCAUACCGUUGAUGAUAAAAAUGAUAAUCCGGUAAUUUGUUUGACAGCACAAAAUGCAUUACAUAUCCGUACAUUACGUAUUCAGACACAAGGUUUUAUUGUUGUUUCGAAUACAACACAUUGGGCUGUUUAUCGUUAUCAUGAUCGAAUGACCGAAAUGGUUAAUUUUUUUCGAAUGCAAUAUUUUAUUCGUGAUGUCCAAUUAUUUUCGAAUGGUCAUCGUUAUUAUGUUGGUAUUGCUACUCAUAACGAACAAUAUAUCUAUCAAUGGAAAGAUGGUAAACAAGGUUUUCAAGGUGUAGCUCGUAUGCGUUUGCCCAUUGUUUACAAAAUGAAUUCAAUAACAUUAAGCUAUUCACGUGAAGAUAAUUUUUUCUAUUUUGAUCAAUUAAAUCAAGAUAUUAUCAGAAUUUAUGGUUAUGAUAUAACUAAUUCAGCAUUUUUAUUAUUACGAACAUUGUCUAAAUCAAAAGAUUUAAAAAUGUCAUCGAAUGUUGUUUUCCAUCCAAUCUAUUCUGUUAGUUUUUAUGAUCGUAAUUUUGCAUUCGAAUUAAAACUAACAACAAAAUCGGAAUUAUAUUUUUUCACUUAUGAAACAUUGAUUUCACAUUCUGGUGGGAAAAAUACGAGAAAAACAUCCGAAUCAAAUUUGUACAAUCUUCAACGUUAUAAUAAACAAUUAUAUGAAAGGAAAAUUGAACAAAUGACAAAAAAAGUUUUUCAAUUAGAUCAACAACAAACCAUAUCGAAAUUAGCCGUUAAUCUAACAUUCAAUUUUAAUGUAACAUUUCGUGCUAAUGUUCGUGUUAAACGUUAUCAAAUCAAUGAUGCUAAAAUGGCUAAAAAAAUUUAUAUAAAUCGUCGAGAUUAUGCAAUGAAUGAAUUAAAUAUUGCUUCGAAUAUUAUUAAAAAACAUUUACAACAUAUUGUUUAUCGAAUGGAUCGUUUGAAACAAAAACUUACGAAUGAUGUUGUUUAUCGAAAUCAAAAUGUAAAUAUUAUUGGUCAAAAACAUUUUAUGAAAAGUUUUUCGGCAAGAAAAAUCUAUACGAAACAAGCAUCCGUAACAACAUAUAAUGGAAAAUCAAUCGAUGAAAUUAUGUCAAACAUUUACCGGAUUGGUAAACAUAAUGGUCGACGAAUAAGUGGACGUAAAUUUUUUACAUCUAAUUUUUGGGCCGAUAAAUCCAUUUCAAUAAACAAUGUAAAUAAUGUUGAUUUCAGUGAUUUCCUAUACACUGAUCUUGAUCAAGAUGUUUACGCUAAUUAUUGGUAUCCGAAUCAAAUUUAUGUUGAUAAUUUAUUAAUUUCAAAUUUUAUUGCAUCAAAUAUUUCAUUAUCCGAAGCUAUUUUCAUCAAUCAAGAUGAUUAUCAACAAAUUAUGAUUCGUAAUAAACUUGUAUUCGAUUCGAUUAAUGUUGAUAAUCUUUAUGUCGAUACUAUCGAUAAUAUUCGAAUCGUAGAUUUUCCAAAACAAGUUCUAACAAAACAUCAUUCUGGUUAUCUUCAACAAGUGAAAAUUCCUACAAAAAUAGAUAAAUUAAAAGUUAAAAGUGAUAUUUUUGUCAAAUUUAUUAACGAACAAAAUACAACCGAUUUGUUUGGCAAUAUUAUUCGACGUAAUCAAAACAUUCGAUUUAUAUCGCCAGUUCAAAUUCUUUCCGAUGUAGCAAUGAAUUUUAUCAAUGUUCAAGGAAAAAUUAAUGAUGUUCGUAUUCCGGAUGAUUUGGUUGAUCGUCAUUCCGAACAGAUCAUUCACGGUGUUAAAAGAUUUUCUUCAAUCAAUGUGGACAAUAUAAAUGUAACUUAUUUGAAUCAUUUACAAAUUCCUGUUGAUAUUGUUACAUUAACUGGUGAUAAUGAAAUUAUUGAACGAGAUUUACAAAUUGAUCGUCUUAUAGUGAAUGGAAAUCUUCAUGUAAAUGGUUUAUUUGAUGGUGUAAAUCUAACACAUUUAGAUAGACGUUAUUUAGAUUCAUUUAAAAAUGCUUAUCAAAAUUUAACAUUUUUAAGUCCAGUGAAUGUAACAAAAUUAACAAUAAUAUCUGAACGAAUUAAUGAUAUUGAUUCAUUGGAUCAACUUUAUUCGAAUGUUUAUUUCAAAUCGGAACGUUCAUUGAAAAUUUCAAGUGCUAAAACUAUUGAUAAUAUUUUUCGAUGUAAUGCUCUACAUGCUAAUAUUGUCAAUUCGAAUUCCGUACAAGAUUUUGUUACUUUACAUCAACCGAAACAUUUUUCGAAUAAAGUUAUAUUUAAAAAUGGUACCUAUUUUGAUCAUAUCAAACUCAACAAUAAAAUCGAUAAUGUUUUGGUUGACGAUUUGAUUAACGAUGUUGUUACAUUGACCGGAUUCCAGACGUUGAAUGGAGAUAAAAAUUUUCUGAAUGAAAUACGAAUAUCUGGUCAUUUGAAAAUUGAUGGAAAAAUUAAUGAUCAAUUUUCACCCGAAAAUUGGCUUCGUUAUUCAACAAUGCAAAAUAUUAGUUCACCGAUUAAUUUUGUAGCACCAAUUUAUUGUGGAAUGCUGAUCAUAGAUGGCAAUAUUGAAACUGAAACUGUAAACGGUGAAAAUUUAAAAGAAAAAACAUCCAAUUUAUUAAUGUUAAAUCAACCGAUUAGUUUGAAUGCUUUUGUUCAUUGUAUAAAUUGUUCGGCUUCAAAUAUUCAGACAACCUUUAUAAAUGGUAAAAAUUUUAUAGAAUUUUCCGAAAAUUAUCUUUCGAAAUCAAAAUAUCAAGUGAUUAAUGGUUCAAAAAAUUUUAUCGCUUUACAAAGAUUUCGUAAUAUCCGUAGUACGAAAACUGUUGCCGGAAUCGAUUUAAAAACAUUAAAAUAUCAAGCUAUAACUAAUAAUGGUUAUAAUAUUAUUACUAGGCCGGUUAUUAUUCAUGGAAAUUUGACCAUCCAACAAGGACAGCUUUUCGUUCGACAAUGGAAUGGAAUAAAUUUUGAAAGUUUCAUUCAUGAAUUAGUACUUCGAAAUAUUAAUGAAAAAAUUCAAAUUCAAGGUGAUAUUAUUUAUUAUGGUAAUGUUGAUUUAAUGGCCGAUAUUCAUGUUUAUAAAUUAAAUAAUUACAUACCUGAAGAUGUUAUAAUGACAAACAAUAGAAAUUAUACAAUUUAUAGCGAUGUUAUAUUUAAUGAAAGAUUAAUUGCAUCAAAAAACCUUACAGUAGUGGGUGUAAUUAAUUUAGUUAAUCUUACCGAAUUGAAUACGAAUGUUUUGAAAAAAAAUCAUCAUGGUGAAUUAAUUGUCGAUAAAAAACAUAAUGAUGUAAUUAAUUUUGUCGAUUCGAUUAAAAUUGACGAAAUUAUUAUCGAAGGUAAUGUUGAUAAUCAAACAAUCAAUAAAGAUUCGAUUUUAAUGUCUAAUGGUGAACAAAAUAUUAAAAAAUUAAUUAUCGAUGGUGGGCAAUGGUUUAAUAAAAGUAUAAAUAUUUUAUCAAAUAUUAAUCAUUUGGAUAAAGAUUAUUUGAAGAAAAUUAUUCUGAUUAAUUCACCUGAAGAACAACAUAUUGAUUAUCAUAAAACAUUUGCAAAAAUUAAUGUCAAUGAAAUUUAUCAUGAAAAUGGUUUAAUUAAUUUCAAUGUAAUCAAUUCGAUUGAUAUAAAUCAUUUCAAUUCUACAGCAUUGUAUUCGGAUAAUAAUCAAAUUAUCAAAAAUUAUCCUCAUAUAAAAUUUUCGAACAACAUAACUGUAAACAAUCCACGAUUCAAGAUUUUAGGAUUGAUUAAUAAUGUCGAUAUUGGUGAUGUUGUACGAUUGGAUAGUCAAAGACAAAUUAUUACUGGUAAAAAAAUUUUCGAUUCAAUUGUUUUCAAUGAAAAUAUUGAUGUCGAUGGAUAUUUAAAUGCACAAUUAGAUAUACCAAAAUUGUCUAAACAAAUGUUAUUAGUAUAUGGUAAUCAACAUAUUAAAACACCAAUAACAUUUGUAGCACCAGUUUUUCUAAUGAAUAAUAAUAGUGUUGAUCUAUUGAAUCAAUAUCAUCCCGGUGAUUUGAUUACUCUUUACGGUGAUAAAAUAACCAAUGGUCCAGCGUUGAAUUUCAAUAAUGUUAUUGCUAAAAAAGUUUAUGUACAAAAUCAUCUGGUUAACAAUGUAAAUUUAACCGAUAUUUAUCAACAUGGAUUUAUGGCCGAAUCGUUGGAACAAGAUGAACAAAUUUUUGGUUUUCUUUCCAUUGAUAAAGCACAAUUUAUUGAAAAUAUUACUGUUGAUAAACAUUUAAAUGAUUUGGAUUUAAGUAAAACAAUUGAAUCAAUUGAAUCAAAAUUUGAUUCAAAAAUCGAUGCACAAAAAAUGACACAAAAAUUAUAUGAAUAUCAAUUAUUUAUGAAUGAACAUAAAUAUUAUUAUGAACAAUCCAAUUUGGAAAUUGAUUAUUUUCAUCAAACAAAUCAAAUGUCAUCAAUAUUGAAUGAUUGGACAAUGGAAUCGCUUGAUUUUCAACAACGUUUUAAAAUAUUUAAUGUUUCUGUUACAGCAAAUCUUUUCAAUAGUUUAUAUGAACGUAAACAUUUAUUAUGGCAAUCGAUUAUUGUAAGACAUAGGAUUUUCGUUGCUGAAUUAUGGCCUGCAAAACAAUCUGUUCAGCUAUUUCGAUUAAUCAGUUUUGAACCAAAUAAUGGACAAUCAUUGAUUAUUUUGGAAAAAAAUCUUAAAUCAGGAUCAAAACCAUUCUUGUUUACGAUGGAUCAUUUUAUCUAUGUUAUUUAUUUUGAUUCUAAUCAUCAUCAUAUUGAUGAUUGUUAUGAAAAUCAUGAAACAAAAUUAUUUCGUUUAGAUAUUGAUUAUAAUAGAUCAAAUCAGACACAUGUUUUUAUACAGAAUUUUCAGCUAGAAAAAAUUUCCAAUAUUGGCCAUUAUAUUCAACAUGAAACUACUUUAUAUAAUGUUCAUUAUCUUGUUUUUAAUAUAAUCAAUAUUGAUCCGAUGAUUCGUAUUUAUCAACGGAUUAAAAAUGAUUGUCAUUUUCGUUUGUUUCAAACAAUUCCAUUGGCUGAACCUGUACAUUCGAUUUCAUUGUUCAGUAUGGGCAUAACCAAUUCAUUGAUGGAACCAUUUAUGAUUUUAAUGAGCGAUUCAUAUUUAUACAUCUGGAAACAGGAAGGCAUACAAGGAUUUAUUAAAAAUUGGACGAUCAUCAUUAAAGGUUCCGGACAUCAAACAUCAAAUCGCCGGGUCCAGCCUUUUAUCUAUUCGAAAAAUCGAUUAUUGUUACGUAUACAGAUUACAGCAUGCGAUGAUGAAAUUGUUAAAAAUUCUUACCUUGAAGCACGUUUCAAUUCACAAUUUCAAAUUGAUUAUACUAAUCUCAUUUUGUUUCAACAUGAUUCAGUUUAAACAUUUUUAUAAUUCUUUCAAUUGAAUAAACUUUUUGUUAUUCUA